UUGAGUCUUGGUUCAGCUAUUCCCUCACUGUAAUCCUGGACAAUUCCCUAUGCCUUUUUGAACCUCAAGUUCACAAAUUGAAAAUGGGUUAAUGUUGCCUUCCCAACUUCGCUUCAUAAACCUUAAAUUGAUAUGGAAAUGUGAGCUAAUAAAACUAAUUAUAAUGUGGAGAAGGGCAGGAAACAAUAGCAGUAUUAUAUGUGAAAUGGGAGCUAUUAUUUAUUAUUUACAUCCCUCCCUAUCUUCAUCAUCCCUGUGUCCUGUUCUCUUUCCCUCCCUCUUCCCUAAACAUGGGCCCCCUCCCUCCCCUCUGGACAAGCUGAAGCAGAGCAGGUCAUUGAGGUGGCAGAGGGGGGAAAUCAAUGCAUCAGCCAAUCAUCAAGCUUUGAUUAAGGCUGAGUGGGUGGAGGGAAGGCAUCCUACUAUAAAUGCAAGGGCAAAAUACUCUUUGCCCUCUUGAAAGAGGGUGGGGACCCCCUCUCUGCCCAAACAGAUGGUGGAUUAGAAUAGGGAGACUAGAUCUCAGAAUUCCAGAGCUGGAAGGGGCCUUAGAAAUUACCUUAUGUCACCUUUUCCCUGAAAUGGAAUCCCCCUCUAAAGUAUCCUUGGUGGACAGUCACUCAACUUCUCUGCUUCACUUUCUGAGGUUUAUAACAACUUUACAAAGUAUUUCCUUCCCAACAGACUUGUGAGGUAGAUAGGUGGUGCAAGUAAGAUUUUUUUGUUUUUUUGAGCUGUAAACUGAGGCUCAGAGUGGGGAUGUAACUUGUCUAAGGUCUUCUAGAGAAACAGAAGAGCUGAAACUAGAGCCUGUCUCCUGAUUCUAACUCUAGGGUACCCCUUCUGCUCUAAUAUUUUGUUCUAGGGUUCCCUCCCAGCUCUGACCUUCAGUGUUCCAAAUGGCCAUCCAUCCUACUUGGAUCAUGGAUCAUAAGCCUAUCCCCAGACUCAGGCUCCCUUGUGUUGUAGUUUCUGGGGCACUCCUGGAGGUGGAGCUGGGACCUGAGUGCUCAGAUAUCCCCGCCCUUUGUGGGCUUUCCCCCAUGCCUGGGUCAUAACUGAUUGCAGGCUCUUGCAGCUAGCUACCUGAAGCCCUCAACUCCUCCCUUAACCUUCUGGACUCUGUGGCAGGGCUGUACCUGGAGCAGGGGCUUCCUCCCAUUCCCUGGUCCCUUCUCAGGUAACACCUGGGCCUGGGCAGCUCAGCUUCCCCGUGGACGGUGGCAGGAAGUUGCGCAAAGGCGGGUUACCUGAGCUUGAGGGGAGCCAGCUCAGAUCAGGGCAGAGCGGAGGAGGGGCUGGCUGCUGGAGAGAACACAGACAAGUAUGUGGCUGCCUUUAGACCUGGGAUGUUGCUGACUUCUGAGGGUAUGCGGUAUUGAGGCACAGGUUCUGGAAGACAAGGAGGAACCUGGGGCAAGACUGAAACCGUCCCAGCAAGAGGUCUCUUCUAAUCCUGAGUGUAUGAGGAACUAUAUAACAUGUACUGCAGGUCUCAGUGGGACCUGACUCCCAGAACCCUUUAGGAGCUCCAGGACUCUUUAGGGAGAGAGGAUUUGACUCCAGCAGCCUCAGGAGCCUAGACGUCCAGCUGUCGCAGUCUCCCCAGCCCCCUCCAGAGACCAGCUCAGGGUAUGUGAUUUCUUCCUGAUCCCUGCUUGAACUCAGCCUCAGCUUCCACAGGUCCUUGGGGUGCUAACAAGGCAAGAGCUGACAGUCAUGCCCGUGGAGACUCUGCCCACAGCUGGCAGCCUGAAGGAGGUAGCACCUGGGGCCUGUGCCUCCAGCAUGCCCUUCCGCAUCCUUACCAAGGGGCCUGGCUACUUCCGACAUCAGGGUGAAGGCAAUGUCCGGAAACCGAGUGCUGUGGAGCGGCUGGAAGCAGACAAGGCCAAGUAUGUGAAGAGCUUACGGGUGGUCAGCACUCGCCAGGAGCCUAUAAAACCCCUACUCUUGAAGCAACCCCUGUUCAGCCCUGGGGUUCGUAGAGCAAUAUUGACACCAAACCGCCGAUCUCCAGGAGUGGGUAGCCGCCGGGCAGAAGCAUGUGGGGCCCGGGCCUCCCUCAACAUGGAUGUCCUCAGCAAUCUCAUUAACUUGUGUGACAGUCCUUCGCCCCUGCCUGAUGGCCCUCCCCCAGAACGCAAGUGGAAGGCAGGACCCUCACCUGGUCUAGGUCGGAGGCCCCUGGGGGAUGGGAAGCGGAUGAGCCCUGCCUCUGAGGGUUCCUUCUCUACCCCUCUUCGAACCCCUAGCAUAGCAGCAGUGCGCAGAGUGGAUGUCCGGCCCACUGGGGAGCCCCAAAUUCAGGCCAUACCCAACUCACCUGCCAGCCCUUGCUCUAACCUGGGCACUUCACCAGGCCCUAGUCCCCAAGAAGGUUCUCGACGUCUUACCCACCUACACCGCUCCAAGUCAGACCUGAGUGACCGCUUCUCCAGGGCCACAGCUGACCUUGAACGCUUCUUUAACUACUGUGGGCUAGACCCAGAGGAAGCCCGUGGCCUGGGCGUGGAGCACUUCGCCAGGGCCAGCUCGGACAUAGUCUCCAUUAAAUUCCAUAGCGUCAGCACCAGCAGCUCAGAGGGCACUCGCUCCCAGCGCAGUGAGGCCACAGCUGAGGACAGGGCCAGAGAGCGGACCCCUUAUGGUGUGUCUGUCAUUGAGCGAAAUGCCCGUGUCAUCAAGUGGCUGUAUGGACUGAGGCAGGCUCAUGAGGCAGCUCAAAGAAGCUCCAAUGUUUAAAUGCCCCUAGCUUUGUGUUCCUGAGAAGGGAUGCUCUGGGCCCCCUUGUGGAUAUCACUGUUGAUAUCCAUAAUGAUGCACUCCCUCCCUAUCACCCCCUGGCUCCAGGGUUGUUAUUAGACAUUCUGAUGGAGAUCUGGCCCAGGAUUGGUGAGCCAGGGACCUUAGGACAGAUUUCUUGCAUGUUGGGUUCCAUGAGACCAGUAUCUUCAGCAGUGAUGAGGUCUUGGACCCUUGUCAGUAGACUUGAUAGAAAGCAGACACUUUGACCAAUUCAGAAAGUGGUAGUGGUGGUAUGUGGGGAUCCCCUCCUUGCAGGGAGGCAGAGGAAGAAGCCAGUAGUGGUUUGUGGGGAAAGGAGAAAGGAAGCCAACCUGGGGAUAUCAGACCCAUGUGAAGCCCUGUUAAGCUCAUUCUUUCCAGUGAUGGAUAGAGUUUGAAUGAGAGGAGGGAAGAAGCCAGAGGAUAUAUAUGUGUAUACACACACACACACAUGUGUGUGUGUGUGUGUGUGUGUGUGUUGCAAAUUCCUCAUAGAAGGCUGGAACCUCUCACUCCCCCCUCACCCCCUUAACUUGUCCCAGGUCCUCACAAGGUCUUCCCAGCACAAACUUUAAGGCUAAUGCUCUGACAGUUGCCCUUAGGAGGGUGGGAAUUAGGGCAGCCAGUCCUCACCAUGGGAGUGUAUCUAUAGAGCUUGGGCACCAGGAUGCCCACCAGUCUGGCAUAGGAAGGACCUGUUGCAAAGGCUGGAUAUCAUCAAUUUUCCUUGUUUUCCCCUGAUGGCCUCAUUUCUCAUCUCCCCCCAUAAUUAAGGCUUAGGGAGCACACCUAGUAUGUGCUAGGGUACCUGUUCUGGUGUCUUCAGCAUGUCUCCCCUUUGAAGCCACACCAAGAGAGUGAGUGAGUGUCUGUGUGUGUUGUGUGUUGGAGGUGGGAGGGGGUUGGGGGAGAAGAAGAAUUCAUAGCCAGAUACUUACUACCUUGACUCUGCUGGGCAGAUUUCCCAAGAAAUUGGACUCUUGAUCCCUCUUCCCUUGAGCUUUGGGGACCCAGUUUCACCAUGUCACUGGCUGGACCCCUGCUGUUCUUUGGAGUUUGCUUUUUUGUUAAUAAAUCUGAGUGGUUUUGUUUGGAAAAAA